UUCCGUCGACCCCAAGUAAAGAAGAAACACGAAAUCUCCCAUCUCUCUAUCUUUCUCAGAGGGGUAUCAACAGUAAUUAAUGGCGGGGAGAUCGGGCUCUUCGGCGACGAUGAUCGUCACCAAUACGCCCGCAAAGGACCUCGCGUAUACCAAUUGCGCCUAUUGUUCUCCAUCAGAUUUCCGUAACUUUCUGGUCUCUGGAACCAAGCUCGCAUUCGCUCUCGUUGCUGAUGCUUUUGUGUUGUCUAUUUGCUCUAAUGAUGGUGUACCUAAUGGACAAAUUGGACUUAAUGCAAUCCAACGGCGAUAUGCUAGAGUUUCUACCGGAGAUCCCGUUUCAGUUACCAGAUUUACUCCACCAGAAGAAUUUACUUUGGCACUCUUGACCCUUGAAUUAGAGUUUGUCAAGAAAGGGACCAAAGAAGAGCAGGUUGAUGCUGCUCAUUUGUCCCAGCAGAUAAGGAAAAGAUUUAACAAUCAAAUUAUGACCACAGGACAGAAGGUAACAUUUGAGUACCAGGGCAGUGGCUAUAUUUUUACUGUUAAUCAAACUUCUGUAGAGGGCCAAGAGAAAAAUGAAAGAGGGAUGAUUUCUGCUGAAACAUAUAUUGUCUUUGAAGCUCCAAACUCCAGUGGAAUAAAGGUUGUCAAUCAACGUGAAGCUGCUAGCAGCAGUAUUUUUAGGCAGAAAGAGUUCAAUCUUGAGACACUAGGCAUUGGUGGUCUGAGUGCGGAGUUUGCAGAUAUAUUCCGUAGGGCUUUUGCAUCCAGAGUGUUUCCCGCACAUGUGACCAGCAAACUUGGCAUAAAGCAUGUGAAAGGAAUGUUACUUUUUGGGCCACCCGGUACUGGAAAGACUUUAAUGGCUCGUCAGAUUGGGAAAAUGUUAAAUGGGAAAGAUCCAAAGAUUGUAAAUGGGCCAGAAGUUCUCAGCAAAUUUGUUGGUGAGACUGAGAAGAAUGUGAGAGAUUUAUUUGCUGAUGCCGAACAAGAUCAAAGAACACGAGGGGACCAAAGUGACCUGCACGUUAUCAUUUUCGAUGAGAUUGAUGCAAUUUGCAAGUCAAGGGGAUCUACUAGAGAUGGUACAGGAGUUCAUGAUAGCAUUGUUAACCAGCUUCUGACAAAGAUAGAUGGUGUUGAAUCUCUGAACAAUGUUUUGCUAAUUGGAAUGACAAAUAGGAGAGAUUUGCUUGAUGAAGCUCUGCUAAGGCCAGGACGUUUAGAAGUUCAGGUGGAGAUAAGCCUUCCAGACGAGAAUGGACGAUUUCAAAUUCUUCAAAUUCAUACAAAUAAGAUGAAAGAGAAUUCUUUUCUUUCUCCAGAUGUGCACUUACAAGAACUUGCUGCUCGGACGAAGAAUUAUAGUGGUGCAGAGCUUGAAGGUGUUGUUAAAAGUGCAGUUUCAUAUGCUCUAAACAGGCAGUUAAGCAUGGAUGAUCUAACUAAACCAGUGGAUGAGGAGAGCAUCAAAGUUACCAUGGAAGACUUCUUGAACGCUGUUUCUGAAGUUAGACCAGCAUUUGGAGCUUCAACUGGUGAUCUUGACAGAUGCAGACUUAAUGGAAUAGUGGAUUGUGGUGGAAGGCAUGAACAUAUAUACAAGCGAACUAUGUUGCUUGCGGAACAAGUAAGAGUAAGCAAAGGAAGUCCCAUUGUAACAUGUCUUUUGGAAGGCCCGAGUGGCAGUGGUAAGACUGCAAUGGCUGCAUCUGUUGGCAUUGAUAGUGAUUUUCCUUUUGUCAAGAUUAUAUCUUCUGAAUCAAUGAUUGGACUCAGUGAAAGCAGUAAAUGUGCUCAAAUUGUUAAAGUGUUUGAGGAUGCAUACAAGUCACCAUUAAGCAUUAUCAUCCUUGAUGACAUUGAAAGGCUUCUUGAGUAUGUUGCAAUGGGACCUCGGUUUUCAAAUUUAAUUUCCCAAACAUUGUUCGUCCUUCUGAAAAGGCUUCCUCCAAAGGGAAAGAACAUUUUGGUAAUUGGCACGACAAGUGAGAUGCCCUUCCUGGACUCAAUCGGCAUUUGUGAUGCCUUUUCUGUAUCUUAUAAUGUGCCUACACUGAAGAAAGAAGAUGCGAAAAAGGUAUUACAACAGCUGAAUGUCUUCUCUAGCGAAGACAUCGAUUCUGCUGCUGAGGCCUUGAAUGAUAUAACCAUCAAGAAGCUUUACAUGGUGAUUGAAAUGGCGGCUCAUGGAGAAGAAGGUGGGGGUGCAGAAGCCAUAUUUUCAGGCAAAGAGAAGAUUAAAAUCUCGCAUUUCUUUGACUGCGUUCAAGAUAUAGUUCGAUAUUGAAGAUUUUUACUGGAUGCAUAAACUAUACAACAGUUUUUCGAUAUCUGUAUUUGAUGUUAUUGAGUUUGAACGAGAAAGUUUUGUUUGUUAUUGAUGUAUUUGAAGUUAUUUUUGAGAGUGAUUAAGCUAAUUGGGUGAUGUCUUUUGUU